AUGACGCAGGAGUACCGUGUCCUUCCUCAGAAGCAUUUCCCGAGAGACCCCACCAAUGUCUCCACGGGCGAGCAGCGACACUGGAAGCAGUUCAAGUUUCCGGUGCUGAUUAAGCAAUAUGGAGCGGUCACGAGCAUCAACUUCUCGCCCGUCUCGCCGCACAACUUUGCCGUGACGAGCAGCAGCCGCGUGCAGAUCUACAGCUCGGCCAGCCACAAGCCCGUGAAGACCCUCUCGCGCUUCAGGGACGUCGCCUACUCCGCCAGCUACCGAAACGACGGCAAGCUGCUCGUCGCCGGCGGAGAGGUCCCCGUCGUCCAGAUCUUCGACCUGGGCUCCCGUGCCAUCCUCCGUUCCCUCAGAGGCCACGAAAGCCCCGUUCACGUGACCAAGUGGUCGCUGGACAACGUGCACAUCUUCUCCUCGUCGGACGACAAGACCGUGCGCUACUGGGAUUUGCCCACGGAGAAGGAGAUCCAAAUCAUGAAGGGCCACCAGGACUACGUGCGCUGCGGAUCGACGGUCGCGUCGAGCCCUGCGUUGUGGAUCAGCGGCGGCUACGAUCACCGAGUCAUUUUGUGGGACACCAGGUCGGGCCAGGCCGUCAUCAAGAUCAACCACGGCCACCCGCUCGAGGCCGUUCUCCCCUUCCCCUCCUCCACUCUCCUCUUCACUGCCGGCUCUGACAACGAGAUCCGAGUCUGGGACAUUCUGGCCGGCGGACGCAUGAUCCGCUCGGUGUCCAACCACCAAAAGGCCAUCACCACCCUCGCAUUCAACGCUGACGGCUCUCGUCUCAUCUCCGGUUCGCUGGAUCAACAUCUUAAGAUUUACGAUGUUGUCGAUUACUCCGUCGUGCACACCAUCAAAUACAACGCUCCCAUCCUGUGCUCCGCUCUCUCGCCCGACAACACGCACCUGGUGACCGGUCUGAGCGAUGGCAUGCUCUCGAUUCGCCAUCGCCCCCAGAAGCCGUCGGAGCGCACGCAGGCGCUGGCCAAGAAGGACUCGCUCCAGGGCGGGUCGCACCGAGCCUUCCUGCGGGCCAAGCGCUUCGCUCAUAAUGACCACGUCGUGUAUAAGGUGUCGAAGAAGAAGAUGGUCCGAGCGGACCACUUCAUGCGAGCCUUCCGCUACAAGGACGCCCUGGACGACGUGCUCAAGAUGAACACCAAGAAGAUCUACCCGCUGCUCGAGGAGUUGGCGCACAGGAAGGCGCUGGGCCGCGCCCUCGCCGGAAGGAAUGACGACGCGCUGUCGCCCAUCCUGAUCUACGUCUUGGCCAACAUCACCAAGCCCCAGUACUCCCCGCUGCUCAUCAAGAUCGCCCACAUCAUCCUCAACAUCUACAGCGAUGUGGCGGGUCAGUCUGCCAUGAUCUCCGACCUGCUGCGCAAGCUCCUGCUCAAGGUGAGGAAGGAGAUCAACUUCCAGGAGCAGAGUCUGCGACUCCUGGGCACGCUCGACAUGCUCAUCAACUCCGCAGUCGCUGCUGCCGCCUUGCCCGCGCCUCUCUCCGCAUAA